AAAUAUCGGGAUCGUUAUUCAACGGAAUUUUCUUGAAAGGAGAACAGAAAAAAAUAUUGAUUAUUUUUCGAAAAAUCUGACCUUCUAUCUAUUAUUUAAGAUAACAAUCAAUUGAAGGGCAAAUCAUGUACACCACUUGUACACUGUAUGCAAUAUUUAACAGUGUGAUGGCUUGAUCAACAUGACAGAGGAUGGCACAGGAGGCAGAUAACCAAUACGAGGCAUCAGAUGAGUCCUCAGAGAAUGAGCUUCUUGACCGUAGCCUUUCAGUUUGGAAAGGAUGGAACUGGAACGUUAAGGAUGUGUUCGAUCCCAUUCCUCUGGAUCUUCACACAGCAUCAAGCAUAGGACAGUAUGAUGUCGUCAGGUCAUACAUUGCCAGGAAAGUUGACCUGAACAAGAAAAAUGUGGGUGGGUGGUCACCAUUGAUGUAUGCCUGCUACAUUGGGCAUGACAACAUAGUGAAUCUGUUGCUGGAUGCAGGUGUAAGUGUGAAUGUCAAGAAUCAUAAAGGACAGACUCCCCUGAUGCUGGCUUCGAGCUGUGGAAAUGAAAGUGUUGGCUACUUUCUUGUACAGCAAGGAGCAGAGCUGGAGGCGCGUGAUCACAAAGGCUGGACUGCUCUCUUCCAUGCUACCUAUGCUGGACAUCAAAACAUGGUCAAAUUUCUCUUGGAACAGGGAGCCAACAUAAAUGCUGUGGAACCUAGUUUAGGAUUAACUCCCUUUAUGGAAGCUGCAGCAGAGGGCCAUGAAAUCAUUGUUCAACUGUUUCUUCAGCAUGGAGUGAAUGUGUUUAACAAAGCCCACAAUGGAGACACGGCCCGCUCUCUGGCCCUCAUCCACAGCAACAUGAAGAUAGUCAGCCUCAUUGAUAAUCAUGUCAUGCCCAACACUUGUCUGCGGUCAGAGGCCGGUCUGGAUGCAGGUGAACUUAGUUCCUCUGAUGAAGCCUAUUCCAAACCAAAGCAAGGUCAUAGGGGUCAGAAGGGUAAAGGUCGUCCCAGCAUUCGGGACGGACCUGAUGCUAUUGCCAGACUGAUCAACAGGUCUCCCACCUCAGACAACUACAAAACACCUACAAAGAGUCCAAAAGUUCCAAAAGGAUAUGUGACAUUUCCUAAAGGAGAGGUAGGAGCUGAGGGGAAUUCUAAGCUGUGUUACCGUGAUGUGACCUCCCCCAUUAACUUACAGGACUACAAUGCUCUGGACAGCUCAGGGGGCAGAAAUACAGACUCCAAUGAUAAUGAGCCAGGAGAGGAUGGGAAUGCCUUCUCUAAAACGGGGGCCCUGACCAUCAAAAGCAGCUCUGGCUCGAGUGGUGGACUAAUGGCAGCCUUUCGUCUCAGUCACAGCAGUAACGAAAGUGAUGACUGUCAGCCACAGGACAGCAUUAGCUCCUCCCUAGAUGGCAGCACCGGAGCUCGUGACCUGUCAGAUAAUGAGGCCACUUUGUCCCCAGCCUCCAGUUACCACAAAGCCAUGGCUCAGCUCAGCAUUAAAAAUCAGUCUGGAGUGUCGUCCGAGUCAGAGCUGGAAAACAUAACCAAAAAUGAGAAAGACAAUAAAAGCAAUAAAAAGGAGCAGGUCUCCAAAAACAAUAACCCUCAGCCAAAAUCUAGUGCAAUGAGUCCCACGUCACAACUGAAAGACAGAGAGAAACAAUCCAACAAAAGCCGUUCAAAUUCCCCAAGUGUCAAGUUCAAUACUCAAGAUGUGAUUAUGCAGCAGUCUGUGCCUGUUCAUAACCCUCCCCCACAGCACCAGAUAGACCAGCACAGACCCCAGUCUGCCAAGCAACCUCCCCAACCAACUACACAACCAACUACCACCCUCCCAACCACACAGAUCCCCCACCAUUUACAGGGGGCUAAGCCCAAAGCCCCGGCUCCCGUCUAUAGCAAUCUUGCCGCAAACUUUAUGCCUCAGCUCGGAUGUCAGAUAUUUCCAUCCCCUGGUAUGCCUGACCCACAGUUUUUUGCUCAGAAGAAGCCUGACCUUGGAGACCAUCCUCGAGAUUUACCUUCUCUUUUGCAUCAACUGGGUUUGUCUAAAUACCUGAAAGUGUUUGAGGAACAAGAUGUUGACUUACAAGUGUUCUUAUCAUUGACAGAUAAUGAUCUGAAAGAGAUUGGAAUAAAAUUGUUUGGUCCAAGAAAAAAGAUGACAAAUGCAAUAGCUCGCUGGCAAAGCAAAGCUCCAAUGCCAACCAAUGACAGGUUGGAGCAAGCUUACGCAGAUCGUCUGGAAGGAGAGAUGCAGGAAAUGGCUCUUCAGCUUUUGAAGGCAACAGAGCACGUGGAUAAUAUGAAGGCUGAAAUAAAACAGGAACAGCAACUCCGUCUGGUGACCGAGAGCUGUCUAAAUGAUGAGCGAGCUAUUCGACAUCACAUCACUGGAGUCAUGCGGGACAUGAGGAUGAAAUGUGAUGAAAUGAAAGAAUCUCUACGCAAUCUUACCCACAACCAUUCAGAAAUUCGUCUGAAGUUGCAGAAUUCAGGAGAUUCCAAUUCCCUUAAAGACAUGUCAGAUAACAAUAGGAGUAUAGUGCUGUCCAACGAGAGGCUGUACAAUCUGGAGGGAGUGAUGAAGAAGAUGGAACAGCAGAUCAAAGAUCUUCAGAAGUUCCUCUCCGUUGUCAUGAUAAACAUCGACCGAAUCGUCAGGCGAAGCCACAAUGAAAAUGGUUUCUCUUGAGCCAGUACCAAAGCUGUGUUGUGUUUUGAUUCUAUUACAUUGUAUAUCAAUUAAUUGCUUGUUUUUUGCAUAUCCAUGACAGGUUAAGAUGAUUGAAUGAAUCUCAUUUAUUGACAUAUCCCUGUAAGGAAAGAGAUUGUGGUUGUAUAUUUGCACUAUUUUUUAUGGAUGUCUGUGAUGAAUUUUUUAAAACUCAUUUGUUAGCUCAUAUUAUUCUUUUAUAAAACAUGAUCUUAUUAAUGUCUCACUUUUUUUUUUUUUUUUUUUUUUUACAUUUUAUGUAUUUUGAAUUAAUACACAUAGUUUAUUUUACAUCUUUGUAUUAGACUUUUAUGAUGAUUAAAUAGUACAGAUAUAUCUGGUAUAUAGUUUAUUUUCUUCAUACGAUAUUUUAUCGUAGCUAGUAAUCAUAUGAAUAGCUCUGUUUGAGUAUCCAUAAAUUGUUUUUGUAGAAAUCAUGACAAUCACUUUUUUACAGUGAGCUAUUUUACAUCUUUUUAAAGUCUUAUUACUUAUUACUAAUUUCAUUGUUUUGAACUGCCAAAGAAUGGUUAUACUUAGUAUAUACAUGUACUUCAUUUUUGUUUGUUGGCAUUUAUGUAUUUAUUUAAUACCUAAUGACUGAGGCAUUGAAAUUACUGAACAUAUUUGGCUUUGUAUGGAGACCAUAGAUACAUGUUUUUGUGUGGAAUACAUGAACUUUGAAUAAUUCUGUAUUUUUUAUGACAAUAAUUCUUAAAAAAAAAAGCAAGGGAUGCUUUUGUUAAAGUGAUUUAAUCCAUAAAAAUCCCUGGUAUAUAAAUAUAUUGGACUACUAAUGCCCUUUAAAGUACAUUCAUAUCCAAGAGUCUGUGUUUGUUUUUCUAAUGUGAAUUUUUCUAUUUUUAUUAUACAGUAGAUACAUGUAUAAACAUGUAAAUUACUAGAUUCAGAUUGCACAACUUGUAAAAAAUGUACAUGACGCAAAAAAGGUUUGGCAUAUUGUGUGUUUAGCAUUUUCUGGAUAGAUUUACAAAAAUUGCUGAAAGUUGUAAUUAUACAGCACUAUAUAUAAUUAUUUUGAGAAAGGACAUUAUUUUUUAUGAAAAUUAAUAUAUAUAAUGUAUAUUGGUCAACAAUGUCAUUGAUGAAAUAUCAACAUAAUUAUAAACUGUGCAAAUAGCUAGUAAACUAUCAUCUUGUUAGGAACAUUUUCAAAUAAUCCUUUUUUUCUCAUAGAUGUAUGCAUGUAGGAAUGAAACAUCUUUUUAUAGUUAAACUAUGCUCAUAUAAGUAUCCUUAGGUCUUAGUGUUGUAUCAUUUUGUAUAAUAACACAGUUGUUCAUUUGAUAAGUUACAAACUGAGAGAGAGAUAUGAUAUAAUUGAAGCCAAAGAUGAUUCACUGUACAAAGGUUUAUAGAUAAUCAUUUGUAGUAAAGAUUUACCUUUAUAAUUCACAAAAAAAUGGAAAUGACACAUUAUUUUGCGAAUCUGUUAGUAAUGGGACAUCGUUUAAUUUUCAUGGGUUUUUUUGUCCUAUAAACUUUGAAUAUUUAUCUUUUCCCUGUAAUUUUCAACAACAAAGUUCAA